UUCUCCCUCAAAUAUGUACGCGCACAUUUGCGUUCAGUCACAAACCUGUAUGUUAUUUACGGAGGAUUGUUGAAAUGUGGUGUUUUUACGAGCACGCAGGGAGGGAAAAAAACCCGCACUUCCCUUAUUGUUGACCUGAAAUAGAAAGCCACGUUUUGUAUAUCUUCUCUCCACAUCAUCUCUUCAUUUCCGUAUAUCUCACACUGUCUACGUCGACAGCUUGCUCAGUCAUCAUCGUGUUUCAUCAGAAUAAUGUGUUUAUCUUAUUGAGCCGUUCUGUCGGUAUUGCUGAGAUAUUCCGUGUGCGUCCGAAGCGGAUCGUUUGAAACGACAAGACAUAUGGACACGAAGCAUUUGAUCAGACACCGCGUGAGAGAAGAUGCUUAGGUUGGAAACUUUUUUUUUUUGGUUUAAUCUCGGCCUCAUCGACUUUGUGUGUAACUGCCAUGCACAUUGACGCUAUUGUUAAUGAAAUGUGAUUACCACGACGGUUAUAGAGGAUCAACGGGACCAUUAUCAAGCGCAUGUAGUUGCAUCCCCGCCAUAUCCCCUAUGUAUGUAUGUAUGUGUGUGUGUGUGUGUGUCUCUGACCCAGUAACCUCCAACCACUCCUCAUUACAACACUUUCUUGAGGGAGUCUGGAAAGCACACCGAGCUGAAGAAUUCAUAGCCUAACUCUGGUUUUUCAGGUUUUGGGCCGCUCCCAGUUUUCCCAGUAAUAUUAUUACUAUUGGCAAACUUGUAUACACGUCACAGUGAAACAUGCAGUUUGGAUUCAUUUAUUUAGGCAAGGUUACAUUGUCACUAUGAGGUAUAUAUUGUGGGAUUUUCAACUUAAUCUGCCAUUCUGGAUCUAUGACUGUAUUCCGUUGUACCAGUAUUUGAGUUUUCAAGUAAGCAAUUGUAAGCAAGAUACAAACACACACACAAGGAAGUAUGGAAACAAAUGUCUGCCUGAGCUGUAGGAGUUUAUUCAAAGAUCUGAUUUAUUUGCCUUUGAUCAACAUACAUGUAUUUACUUACUCUCUAAGUAAAGUCAACCAUCAUAACUCCUCCCGCUGAAAGUCACAGAUGAAGGUCAGUAACGUGUUGUAAACACGUUUUCGGUGCCCCAACAUGCUGUAGUGUGAAGUGCUGGAUGUUGAAGCAGAUCCUCUAACAGGAAUCUGUGGAAUGCAGCUCGUGUUUGUCGAUUUCUCUCUUCUUAAACAGCAUUUUCUGAACACUAGGUAAUGCUCUUCUGGCCGUGCUGUGCAGUCACAUGAGCAGUUGAACUACAGACAUGGGAUGAUCCUAAAGUGACAGGACGAGCUUUCAUUACUGCAAACAGAGAGGGACACUAUAUGUAGUUUUGUGAUUCAGGAGCUGACUGUCGUCACUCUGCUCUGGUCAUUUGAUAAUACCACUAUCAGUCUGUUUUGGGGUUCAUCUUGCACGCAAAUAGCUGAGCUGUCUGGUGUUUACGCAACAACCAAUAGCGGCUCUGAUUUGAGACCUUUUCUUAGGGCAGGAAUUAGAAAAGUCACCCCAACCAAGCUGCAACCUCCGGUGCAGAAAACUAAAUCCAACACGGAAGAGUCAAAACUUUGGUUCCUCAAAUGGAGAGCGAGUCAAUCUUCAUCGAUUUUCCCCCCCUUCAGAAACAUAUAGAGACUUGGACUCAGUAUUUCAAUACAGUCUAUGAUCUAAACCUCGGAUGUCAUAACCUACGAAAGUGAAUUUAAAAGAAUCAUGUGAGAGCAACAAGAUGAGGAUCCGCAUUAAUGAACCAACCUCAAAUUUGCAUGCUCCUGCAUGGAGCGUUAACAGAAGAAUGAUUUACUUUUUCGAAAAGAUUUUUCAAAGAAACUUGGAAAAUAUCAGCCAGUUAUAAGAAAUCAAAAUAAGAUGCCAGACAUUCAUCCCAAGUCUGUUCGAGAAUGUCUUUUCAUCUGGCAUGGCUACUGAAAAAAAUAUGAAUCGAUCAGCUUAUUCACAGAACAGCAAGAAUUUUGGUAAUUGGUUGUAUUUCAAACAAAAGUGCCAAACAUUCCCCCUCAGUUGUGAGGAUUUGCUUUCCCUUUCAUUAUGUGAUCGUAGACUGCAUAUGUGGGAGAUCUGGACGGUUGUCUGAGACAUACGACGUCGUAUAGGUUUGAGCUACAUGUGGUUUUGACAUUUUCUAGACUAAAUGACAAUUAUUCAAGAAAGCUAUCAGAUAUAUCUGUGAUGAAAAUAAUUCUUGCAGCUUAGUUUAAGCAAAACCUUAAAUAUAUGUGAAAAAACUAAGUAAUACAGUGUGCUGCAGUGUUUUAUUCAAAGUCAAUAAACCUCGGUGGAAGAGCAAAGCGCUUAAAGGUAACCUGUUUCGUUUUUAACCACUAGCUUUUUUUUUUUUACAAGUGGGUCCCCACUGUUUGUUCAUGCGAACCAGGAAGUGAUGCAUACUCCUGCUGAUUGACAGUUGGUGGUGACACGCUAAGAAGUAUAGGACUGCAACUAACAAAUGUAAUUAAAAGAAGUCUGCUUUUGCAAAUGUUCAAUCAGGAAUGAUAUGCAUCCAACACAUUUUAAUCUGAACAUAACAUUUGUUUCCUAACCAAAAAAAUCUCACCUUUUGAAUUAGAGUUUCUGCCCAGAUUGACUCGUGCGCAGUCAUUUCUUUGACCUGCAGCGUUGAGGUCAUUUGUCCUGAUGCUGUGUUGGUAGCCGUUGACGGGUGUGUGACCUUUGUUCUACUUCACAAAUCCCUCCCUCUCCCCUACAUUUCUCCGCUGUGAGAACAUUUGACUGGGAGUGUGCGAUUUCACCGGGACAGUCGAGACCUGCAGUCCCGAGCGUGGUUGUCCUGUGCAAGGUCAGCCUUCGUGUCCUAACACUGGGGGUCAAACGUGACUGGAGGAGGCUGGACGUGAGUCCGUCAGAGGGGCGAAGCAGAUGAAAGAUGUCACAUUAGCUUCAGCAAACUUCCAGUAGCCACGCUGUGACAAAUGCAUGCACUGAGACCGAUAGUGUCUAAAGUAAAUCAGUUGCCUUGGAGCAUUCUAACGCUUUAUACCUGUAAACCUAAGUGCUCUUACACAGGAGUAUUCUGACUCAUCCUUCUAUUUAGAUUGUUUCCCUCAAGACGUGCUCAUGGAGCCCCUAAUGUCCCAAAAGGUAUUCUUUUUUUUAUCUUGUGCACAAGAUUAAAAAAAUAAUGAAUGAGCUGGACUGAAGCAGAUCCAGCAUCAAGAUCCAAUAAGUAAAAAGCCCAUGAAUUUCAUCUGGAACAGUUUGUGUCUUUACAACGGAAUCAAUAGUGAAACACUGUAUGUGGUAAUUUCCUGAACACAUUUGGUUUCAGGUUUAAAGAUGUGUACUUCUUAGAGAGCUGUAUUAGGCAGACAAUUCACACUUUACAUACAACAAGGAUGUGGAGAAGACAUUGUUUUAUAGAUGUCCAUGACAUCAAGGUUACAAAUAUUGAUUCAUUUUGUCAUUCUCUAACCUGCUAUGGCAACAGAUGGCCAUCCUAAUUUUAAAAAAGUACCCAGUUUCUCAUUAAUAAGAUCCCUUUCACUGCACACUAAAUUAUUUGGUUCACAAGACACUUUGCUUGCUAUAACAACAUCUUGUUUUAUCAAAAUGUGUACUGUAUGUGUCUAUAUCAUCUUGUUCAAACAAGACUCAUUUCUUCCUCUAACAUGGGAUGUUGUUAAAACAAGUCAGAUAUAUUGUUUAAAUUUGAAAAAUGUCCAGUCUGUGUCUAAAUGGAAGACACUGUAGCCUUCAUCGACGAGAGAAACAUUUACUAAUUUAAAAAAAAAUGGUUUGGUAAAGUUUUAUUUCAUGCUCGGGCUGAGACACGUGCAAAGUAUCAUCCAUCCAUGUUUUAUACCUGCUGAUCCUCUGCAGUUAUAUUCCAAAUCACAGAACUACUCUAUUUACUUAUAUCGCAUAACACAAAAAUUGGGUAAUCUUUUCAAUUAACCCUGCUCUCCCCUAAGUUACUGCCGCUACAACUGUCAACCUUUCCUUUUGCGAAACGCAUCUCGUAGAUUACAAGAUGUUCCUCUUGAAAUGAUUAGUUCUUUUCAAUAGGUCCUUGUAUUCAAACAAAAAGCAGUGUCUCAUUUCUAUCCAGCAACUUUUUGAUUUUGCCUGAUAAAAUUUCACAUUUGCCCGCAAGUAAUUAGGAUCACGUUAGCCCAGUGAGUUGGUUAAAAACAUCAGGUUGACUUGUUUCUGGAUAGCUCGUCAACGAUGACAGUCGGUUUUCAAAUAGAUGCUCUUGAUAGAUGCUAAGCUAAAGGUCCCAGGCAAAAAGUCAGCAUCCUCACCAGUUGACGGUUCAUGUGGAAGACGUGUAACAUGAGCGCUCUGAUGAGCUCCUGAGCCUUGGAAGUAACUUACUAAUAGAGGUUGUAAGCUAGCUUGCCAGACAUGCUCAUAAAACACAUUUCUGAGAUUUGUGCGCUUGUGUUCUUGGAUUUGAAAGACACCACCCUCCAAACCCUAUAAAUGUCGAGUAUCUCUCUUACGUCAGCCCCCAUGAAUCGAUUAAUCUAAAUACUUCAGCUGCGCAUGACGUACACAAAUUUGUGCCGAUUCAUGUAACAGCUGAAAGAUAGCUGAUUCGGAAGUGACCGUCUUGCCAAUAUGGGAUUGAGUUAAGUGUGUUUAAAGGCUCCGCGUGUUGAAUCCUCAAAUGUUAAGGUUGUAAUAAUGAGCUUGAAUCAUUUAACCUAACCCAAACCGAGUGGUCUUUCUUUGUCUGUGUGCCGUCCCACAAAGAGGAACUUGAACAUUUCUCAGAACAUCAAGUGUGACUCGCCAACCACGUGGUUUGUCUCUUUGUAACUUCCUGGCUGUGGUUUUAAAAUUACAGCUGUAGUCUACUCUCAAGCUGCAGUCUUGGUGUUCUGUUAUGUGUCAAAUGAACCAGCUGCCCUCUCCCCCUCUUUUUUUCCAAUGUCUUGUGUGUGUGUGUGUGUGUGUGUGUGUGUGUGUGGGGUGACCGGCGAGCUGGCUCUGCCAUUGGCUUGUCAUCUUCCCAGUCCAAGUAUGGAGAGCAGAGGUGGGGUGGGGGGUUGUUGCAUUACCUUUUGACUUCAACAACUCUCUCUCUCAAGCAUGCGAUCAAUGGCUUACGUCUGCUGUUGGCCAUCUGACAGGAAAACACGCACAUGAGCUGAACCUUAACCCUAUUUUAAUUAUUGCGUCAUCUAUCAAUUACUCUUGAUAAAUGAUUUAGUCUUUAUUAAAAUAAAUAAGAAUCAUCAGGACAAAUACCAACAAAACAGGGGGAGGGGCUUCACAUUCUCAGGUUUCAGCUUUACACAUGGCAGGAUUUGCUGCUUCUCUUAUAACAACAAACUGAACACCUUUUGUGUUUUGGACUUGUGUUCAGACCAAACGAGACAUUUGAAGACUCCUCCAUGGCCUCUGCACAGUUAUGAUAGCAUUUUUUCAAAAGUUAGUUAUUUGAUAAUGAUAAUAGACAGUGGCAGCUUUCAAGUUUUGUUCAUAUCAAACAGAAACAUUAUGUUCAUGAAGCUGUUUGUAACCAAAUUGUAAUUUGAUGAUCAGUUUUGAAUAAUCUAUUUGUUGAUUUCAGUUGGGGCGGGCAAUAUGACAAUUUAGCAUCAAUGUGAUGAAAUAUCUUGAUUUAUCAGGAAUGUAAUUGGCAGUAUUAAUAAAACUAUUUUCUCUUUUUAUUGUAUCCAUAAAACCCAGGUAUUAUCUAUUGUCUGUAUUGAUCUCAUGACAUACAAUUGCAUACCAUGACACGAUUUAGAAUAGGAUUGUAUCCAUACUACCACCAUGUUUUAGCAUUGUACAUUACUGUUACAUCCAUGUGUAUUUUGCUUGUUACAGUCAGUUGAUGAAACUUCAGCAGGAAAUGUCUUCACAUUCAACCCACCGUUUCCAUUUGUCUCAGUUGAAAAUGCAGGAACAUAAGAUGUAGAUUGUCUCUCAACUGUAGUAAAUAAACUGGAAAUAUUAACUUAUAUUAUUCAUCUUAGACUCAAAGGAAUCUGCUCAUAUGCUCAGGUUUGUGUGUCUGGGCUUUAAUGCUCACAUACUCUGGGGUAUCAGUUAUAGAAAACAGAUUUUGUCAACAUAUCUAUUAUGUAGAACACAAAAGCCUUCUUGUAAUAAGCAUGUAAUUCUUUGUUUGACAUGUUUCACCUGUUUGGACGCUCGGCAACACAAGAAUUGCACACAGACUGUGUCCAGAUAAUGUAUGAUUAGACAUUGGUCCUUCAGUCUUGAAUAAACAUUGCUCGAAAUGUUUCAGUCACUCGGAUCGUCGAUCAGUUAAGUUGUAAUUCUGCUUGAAUUUGUGACUGGCAUUACCUUUUUUUUUUUAUACUGUCUUUUGCACGCCUGAUAACCACUUGUAAUCCACUCUUAUAUCAGUUGUGUUUUCACAAGGACGAAAAGCUCAAACUGUGGGUUUAAAUCAACCUGCUGCUUGAGUAUCGCUCCAGUGAGUGGGCAGCUUUGCCUCACGCCUUUGUGUUUGAGAGGGGCGUGUUUCUGCUAUUCAUAGUUGUGAGAACCUCAGAGGUCUAUUAGAGGUCGGUGUGAGUCCUUCUAAUAGCAACUGCUGCAGCAAAGUGCCGGUCAGAUAGCUGCACCGCUCCGCCUUUGGACACUGUCUGUACGAAUCUUCAUAUACACACACACACACUGUGGGACUGGUCCGUGCAGAACAGUCAUGCAGGCUCAGGAAGUCCUGAGACAGCUGCGAUUUCCCGAGCUGGAGGAUCUUCGGCAUUACAUGCGCGGCUUGCCCACCAAUGCGCUCAUGGGGAUGGGUGCCUUCGCCGCCAUCACUACCUACUGGUUCGCCACCCGGCCGAAAGCCCUCAAACCACCCUGUGACCUCGGCCUGCAGUCAGUGGAAAUGCCAGGUGGAGAACUUGCAAGAAGGUCGGUACUGAACGACAGCGAUGAGCCCAUGACACACUACUACAGCGAUGCACGCACAAUGUACCAGGUGUUCCAACGGGGGCUCAGAGUAUCAAAUGACGGACCAUGUCUAGGAUCAAGGAAACCAAACCAGCCGUACGAGUGGCAGUCUUAUAAUGAGGUGAUGGACAGAGCGGAGCACAUCGGCUCUGCUCUCCUUCACAGAGGACACUCUCCUACAGGAGACAAGUUUAUCGGCAUCUUUUCCCAGAACAGGCCAGAGUGGACCAUUUCAGAGCUGGCCUGUUACACAUACUCCAUGGUGGCUGUUCCAUUGUAUGACACACUUGGCACCGAAGCCAUCGCCUACAUUAUCCACAGAGCUGCCAUCUCAACAGUGAUCUGCGACAUACCCGAAAAGGCUCAGGUGAUUUUGGACUGUGUCGGUGAGAAAAGGAGAGCAGUGAAGACGAUUGUGCUCAUUGAGCCGUUUGACAGUGAGCUGGUGAUGCGUGGACAAGAGUGUGGCAUUGAUAUUCUGAGUUUGAAAGAGUUUGAGGCCUUGGGUAAAGCCAACCUCCAGACACCAGUGCCCCCUACACCAGAGGACCUUGCACUUAUCUGCUUUACAUCCGGUACCACAGGAAACCCAAAAGGUGCAAUGCUUACUCAUGGGAAUGUAAUCUCCAACACUUCAGCUUUCAUUAGAAUGACUGAGAGCACACUGAAGCCCAGCAAUAAAGAUGUGCAAAUCUCCUUUCUCCCUUUGGCCCACAUGUUUGAGAGAGUGGUGGAGGGUGUCAUCCUCAUCCACGGGGCUCGAAUCGGCUAUUUCCAAGGAGACAUUCGACUUUUGAUGGACGAUUUGAAAACGCUGCAGCCAACAGUUUUCCCUGUGGUGCCACGUCUCCUCAACCGCAUGUUUGAUAAGGUAUUUAGUCAAGCCAACACGCCGCUGAAGAGAUGGCUGCUCGAUUUCGCUUUCAGUAGGAAGGAGGCAGAGCUUAAAAGUGGUGUGGUCAGAAAGGACAGCAUGUGGGACAGACUCAUCUUCAAAAAAGUGCAGGCGAGCCUUGGCGGUCGUGUCAGACUCAUCAUCACAGGGGCAGCGCCAGUGUCUGCAACCAUCCUGACGUUUCUACGAGCUGCACUAGGCUGCCAGUUUUAUGAAGGCUACGGCCAGACUGAAUGUACAGCUGGGUGCUCCAUGUCAAUGCCCGGGGACUGGACAGCAGGUCACGUUGGGCCUCCUCUGCCCUGCAAUGCUAUCAAACUGGUGGAUGUGACAGAAAUGAACUACCUGGCAGCCAAUGGAGAAGGAGAGGUGUGUGUCAAAGGACCAAAUGUAUUCCAGGGAUACCUGAAAGAUCCUGAGAAAACUGCAGAGGCAAUCGACGAUGAUGGAUGGCUGCACACCGGAGACAUUGGGAAAUGGCUUCCUAGUGGCACUCUGAAGAUCAUUGAUAGAAAGAAGCACAUUUUCAAGCUGGCACAAGGAGAAUACAUUGCCCCCGAGAAGAUAGAAACGACGUAUAGUCUCAGCGAUCCAGUGGCCCAGGUAUUCGUUUACGGUGAAAGCUUAAAGGCAUGUCUGGUGGGGAUAGUGGUACCUGAUCCAGACUUUUUGCCCAUGUGGAUCAAGAAAAAAGGGAUUGAAGGCUCCUACUCUGAACUGUGCAAAGACAAGGAUGUGAAGAAUGCCAUUCUGGAGGACAUCCUGAGGUUGGGCAAAGAUGCAGGACUCAAGUCUUUUGAGCAGGUGCGAGAUAUUGCUUUGCAUCCUGAGCAGUUUUCUGUCCAGAACGGCCUGCUGACACCCACCCUGAAGGCCAAGAGGACUGAGAUCCGGAGCUACUUUAGAGAGCAAAUUGAUGAACUCUAUGCCCAAAUUAAGAUGUAAACUGGGAUCGAGGAGUACUGUCAGAAAGGUAACAAUCAUUUAAAGCACAUGACCAGGGCCCCAUUGUUAGUUAAAGGGAUUUGUCAUCCAUUCGUUUGUCAGUGACAAUCUUGGAUAAUGAAUCUCAUUUUGAAGUAUGUAUUGUCCCCGCUUCUUCUAGUAGCUGUACCACUAACGAUUCCCUGCUAUCCUAAGAGUAAGGGUUAAAAACAGAAAGGGGAAAUCUGACUUGCUCAUGCCAUAAACUGCCAUUAAGUCUGACUGCUUCAUGUUCAAGAAGGUGAAGACAUUUCUAUCAGUUUUUUAUUCUUAGGAGCUGCAGAAAACAAAUUCUAUAAAGAUGCUUUUACAAAAGUGACUUAUAUUGACUCUUUAUCUACCAGUCUAGUUGAUGUGUUGGUCUAUCUAUUUAAGUUGGUAUUUAAUAUACUCAUCAAACCUGUAAAUAGUGCAUCUGCUGAAAGGUCUAUUUGUUUGCAGAAUAUUGUGCCUCAUAACUCUGUCAUUGUAAUUCACUGCAUUCCUAUUAAGGACUGAUACACCGUUUUAGUGCACAAUUUAGUUAUUGGCCUGUUGGGAAUCAUACUGCUUGAUGGACUUUGUGUGCCUUUUUCUGUUUUCUUUUAACAGUCCAUGGGAAGUAAAAUGUUACUAAACUGUACAUGCAGUUCCUCCAUCCUAGACUUUCAGAUGUUAGUGCCACAGGUUGCAGGAUAAAGCUGCAUACCAUCAUUUGUAAAAAAUGCAUUUCAGUUUUUAGGGGUAAAUAUUUGGAACACUGGUGUCACCAUUUAAAGAAGCUUGUUUUUCAAAUUAAUUCCAUGUCCUUCGACAACAUUUCACAUUAACUUUCAUACAUUUUCAAUUUUCUUGUAUGAAACGGAGCCACAUCUCAGUGGUUUGACAAAAGAUUUAGUUUUGAAUUCAUUAUGAUUUCUACACAUUUAAUCACGUUAAGGCCUAUUUAACAUUUCGAGCCAUAUUAUUCUUUUUGGUCUAGUUUGUUUUGUGUGUUUUUUCAUGACGAUAUUGAAAAGGGUAAAGGUGCAGUUUUGUGCUGAGGUUACAAGUACAGUUUAUUUAUUUCUCAGCUGUACCAAAUAAAUACUUUCUUGCAAAACUGUUUAUUUUUUAUCUUUUAUUCUUUGGGGAGAGACAUUUUGUGCCAUUGCUGGAGGCAUGUUUUCGUGUUGUCGGUCCAUCCAGUCUUGUGUAUCUCAGGAAUUUCUUAAAAUGUGGCACAAACGUCCACCUGGACUCGAUGAAGUGAUACGAUUUUUUUUUAGGUUAAAGUGACCUCACUUUCGUCUCAUUGUUAUGGUAUCUCGGGAAAGCCUUGAGCUCAUUUUUUUCAGAUUUGGCACAAA